AUGGAUACAGAUCAUGGUACUUGUAAAGGUUAUGGUUUCGCGAGAUACGAAAGCAUUGGUCAGGCUGAAGAUUGUAUCAGAGGCCUGGUCAGUCUUAAAUACGAGGCGGGUUUUGCUCGAGAAUCGUUUAAUGCCCGUCUUAAAACACUUGCGGACCCCAACUCUACAAAUAUAUAUGUCUCAAAUCUUCCACGUAGUAUGAACGAGAAGGAUAUGCAGGAUAUUUUUGAGGGAUAUAUCGUCGUCUCCAAUAGAAUCUUGAGGGAUACUGCUGGAAACAGCCGCGGCGUAGGAUUUGCACGUUUUGAGGAUCGCAAUAUCUGCGAUGAAAUCAUCAAGGUCUUCCAUGGGAAGCUGGUUGGAGAAGAGCAGCUUCCCCUACAAGUUCGUUAUGCCGAUACCAGUGCCCAGAAACGCCUCAAAGCUACCACGACAAAAAAGAGGCAAUACAGAAGCAAUGAAUAUAACAACAGUGUCGUCAAUGCUGCGUGUUAUAUGCCAUCUAACGAUUCUGUGCAUCAUCCCCCCGUCCAAUAUAGAAACCGCGUAUGGCAUCGGCAUAACUCAAUGAUAUCAAACUAUGACGCUGGGGUUACUUUGGAACGUGAUGCCCACGAAUAUGAUGAGAAUGACGAACAUUACGCAAACGAAAAUGUUAAACUGGAAACCGUACACGAAAACGGAGACGACGCCUCCUCGUCUGAUGACGGCUCUGAUCUGACCACUGUUCCAUCUCCCCUUGAGCUAAUCGCGAAGUGUUCUUCUGGAAGCUUUUCGGAUCCUGGAGAGAGCUAUGGAGGCCUCGAGUCGGUUUAA